AUGGAGUUGACAAGAUAUAUUAUUUAUCCACUCAUGUUCAUCCAAAACCUCUUUUACUUACGGUCCCAUGCUGCUUCUGCACCAAAGUUUUACGAUAUCAUCAAGAAAAGAUCAGUCAAGGAUUUUUCUCUGAACCCUUAUGUGGAAUCCGUCUUCAGUUGUGGAAUCCGUUUUCUCUACAGUCUACCAUUCCUUCCAUAUCAUAUAUUGGCAUUCAGUAUAGUAGCUCUUGUCAUGCAAUCCAUGUACAUAAUGGUAUAUCUACUAUAUGCCGACAAGGAAGAAAGACGGUACGUGUUAGACGUCUUAGCAGUCGAAACCGCUGCGUAUUCCGUCUUAGUGGGUAGCCUCACUUUUUUCCUUGGACGCGCUACGAUGCAGAAAGGCUUAGUGGUUUCACUUCACAGUGCCAUCUUCAAUAUAAGCAUGAAGAAUAUUAUGCCACUGGAAGACAUGAUGUCGAAUAUUAAGAAUAAGAGUGUUGAGAAAUUUCCAGUUUUUCUCUUGCUUGCAAAUUUUGUCAACUCUGGAAUUUGGUUUGCGCUGCUCGGAUUUAAUCACUUCAUAGUGGUGGCUAGUAGCUUGGCUUCUGUUCUUUCUCUAAUCCAAUUGAUACUGCACAAGAUGUACUAUAACUCCAAGUUAGCCAGGAACGGGGAUGAAAGUCAUGCCGAUGGGAAAACUCUACAAGUCGACAUCAAAGAUCGGAAACAACAAGGAAAAGCUCGAUCAAGGACAAGGAGAAUUGACAACUAUUAG